ACCUGAGAUCAAUUUUCAUUUCCUCACAAGAAGACCUCGACAAGUUCAGAAUGGCCCUCAGCAGUGACUACGACUACGACCUCAGAUGGAUCCACAAUGAGAGUGGACUCAACGCACAUCCUGAAGGAGAUGUGGAGUUUCAGGUCUACGCCGCUGCGUGUUAUUCCCUCAUCUUCUGCAUCAGUUUGCCUGGAAACAGCUUCCUGCUCUGGGUCCUUCUGAAGGAACGAGCCUGGAGGACCACACGCGACAUCUUCCUCCUGCAGCUCGCAGUUUCCAACCUCUGCUCCACCGCGACGCUGCCCUUUAUGGCCAGCAAUGAUCUCCACAGCUGGGGGUUUGAGGGGUGGGCCUGUGGAGCUCUGAGAGCGUUGCAUAGACUAGGAUGGACCAGUUAUCCAAUAAUAGUCACUGCCAUGGUUUUGCAUUCUUACAUUACCGUGGUUCACGCUUCACGUGUGUCUGCGCAGGCCUUCAGUAAACGCCGUGUCCUCGUGGGCAGCAUUGUGAUGUGGCUGGCAUGUGCUGCUGUAGCUGUAGGUUUUGCUACCAUGUGUUUCUCUAGUCCUUCAGUCUUUAUGUUGUACUUUGACACCUACUUCCAUGUAAUCCUUUUGUUCCUCCUUCCUUUAGCUAUCGUCACAUUCUGCUACGUCCACUUGUGGAUAACUAUCAGACAGGGCAGGAUAAACAGACAGGACCAGCCCUCCAAGCUGAUUCUAGGGAUAACUGUUGGUUAUUUCCUUUGUGUGGCUCCUCACACUAUCAUAGCAUUUAUAGCUGUUGUGCUCCCUACGGCCACGCAUAUACUCUUGGAUCAGAAGGCAUUGCUCUAUGCGCUGUUAAUCACCUACCCACUGAUUCACUUCUAUUGCCUCCUGUAUCCUCUGGUCUACAUACCUGGAGCCCAGAGGUUUAGGAGGCAUCUCCCCCAACGCUGUCACAGAAGCGGAGAUGACGAGCCAGUGGCAGUCGUCAAUCUGCUAGAAACAACUGAGUGACAACCAAGUUUUUCGUUUCUCUUCCUUUAAGAUGCUUAUUGUUAACGCUGAUUUCUAAUGUUAACCAUGCUUUAUGAUUAGAAGUACCUCCAGACAGAUACCAGUGGGGAAUGUUUCCUAAUCCCCGUCAGUGUUUUUAUCAUCUGGCAGUUUGCAAUCUUAAAUCAUUUAUUAAACAGCGUAUCAUCGAUUUCAGGCAGACACACGCUGGCUGUUCUGUUCGAGCCAGACGCUUUGCUAACCUGGAGAUGUUGCUAGAGUUUAGAGUGGUGGUAGCUCUGUGUGGCCAAAAAAACCCAACAAUCACCCGUUUAUGAUAAAAGACAUAGAAAUAUAGACAGUUAAUCGUGUGUGCAGAAGCAGCCCUUCCUAGUGUUGAAAAAGCACAAUGUCAGAUCAGACAUGUGACCUUUAAAGCUGUUGGGGUGACCGCUGCAGGCAGGCGGCUCGUUAGCGGGACAUGCUAACAGCUUACAUUAGCGCUGACAAUCACAUGGUUUCCUCAUUUCUGAUGCUAAUACUAAUGAAUCAUUCAUGGGAGGGAAGUACUCGAGUAGAUUUGAUCAGAGGAAAUUGACACACAGGAUGCAGCAGAGCUCAUAACUGGUGGUUAUUGCUGUAUUGGUUUACAGGAAAGAGGAAGAAUCAGUGAGAAUAAUUGAAGAAGAGAAACAGCAGCAGAUUGAAAUAUAUGAAACCAAAUGUGGCGUCUUCGUUGUCAUUCUUCUCUACGGAUCCCGUUGUUGUGAUGAUGUGACUGUAUUGAACAAAUCAGCCCACAAGGUGGCAGCAGAAAUGAACGGGAGUCUUUCUGAUGGCAGCUCCUUCAUGUCGUUUUGUUUUCAGACCAAUCAUGAUCAUGUGAUUUAUGGUUGUUUUGUUGAAUCGUGUCAGUCUUGUGCUUCGACGUCACACUAACAACACCUGAUGUUUUACAAUCCGACUGCUUGUAUUGUCAGUCACACUGUCUGUAAAGAAUGUCUGAUCUCCUGCUAUCAGCCAUCUGAGUCUGAAUCAAAUGGCUUGAAAACAGGGAUUUGUAACGUACGAUGAUUCAUCUGGUGUCCGUCCUCUAAUUAAAUGUGGUUAUCGACCUUCCAA